CUGAACUCAUCACACCAGAACAAUAUCGACAAUUUGAGGAGGAAGCGCGAACUGCUCCUCCCGUUCCACCUGAAGGGACGGAGGGUGAGCAACCCCCUCCUCCUACAGAAAAAACAGAAGAACAGAUUCAAAAUGAUAUAAGAACACGGAUUUACAAUAUGAAUAUUGAGACAUAUAUGAAGACGCAAAAUGAAACCAAUAAACGUUGGGUUUUUGAGCAGGAGAUUAAGAGACCUUACUUUCAUGUAAAAGCUAUGGAUGAUGUUCAGUUGAUUAAUUGGAGAAGAUACCUUGACUUUGAGGAAAGUGAGGGAGAUGAUACUCGCAUUCAAGUGUUAUAUGAGAGAUGUCUCGUAGCUUGUGCUUUAUAUGAAGAAUUUUGGCAAAGAUAUGCUCGUUGGAUGAUAUCUAAAAAUAGGCUUGAUGAUGCACGUAAUAUAUAUGUAAGGGCUACUUCCGUGUUCAUUCCAAUCAGUCGCCCAAGUAUUCGCUUGUCAUUUGCUUGCUUUGAAGAGCAACAGGGGAAUAUUGACGAAUCCAGGGCUAUAUAUAAAAUGGUCUUGGAUGCUUUGCCGGGCCAUGUUGAGGCAAUAAUGAAAUACGCACAUUUUGAAAGACGUCGACAUCUUGAUGAUUUGUCGGUUCCCAUUAACAUUCUAACAUCUUCGCUCCAGGGAAAUAAUAUCGAUGAAAAAUCUAAAGCUUUCAUUAUAGUACAACAUGCUAAUAUGCUAUGGCGUAAUAAAGGUUCAAUAGAAGAAGCACGUCAAAUUUAUCAAGAAAAUUCAACUAAAUAUCUUGAUAGCAAAUAUUUUUGGUUGAACUAUUUUAAUUUCGAAUUAUCUCAAAUCGGCUCCACAGUAGAAGCUAACUUGAAAGCAGUUUAUGAUCUGAUUCGUAAUACAUCUACGCUUUUACCGGAAACGAUAAGGGAUUUUUCACAUCGAUAUCUUGAUUUUCUUAUGGAACGUGGUUCAACUAUAGCUGUAUACAAUAAGAUCGAUGUUGAAGCUAAUGGCCCCAUCACUGUACGUCCGGUUUUGGACACUAAAAAACGUGGCGCUGAUGAAGAACCAGAAAAAAUUUCAAAGCAGGUCAGAAUAGAUGGCGUUGUUGAUGCUGCUGCGGGAACACCUGUAAUUCCAGUUGCACCGUAUACUACGACUGCCGGUGUGCAGCCACCGUAUUAUUCUCAAGGCCAAUGGAGUGCAUCAGGAUAUUACCCCACCGCUAAUGCUGCUCAGCCGGCAUCAUAUCAGUACCCUUAUCAGUAUCCUCAACAAACUGCAACUACGCCUACUACUCCCGCACAGGCCCCCGUGACCACAUGGGACUACGCACAACCAAGUACUACAGGAUAUUAA